CCCCGCGCGCGAGAAUCAGAGCACGCACGCGCUCUCCUGCGCGUCCGCUCCCGAGGUGGCGACGGACGGGUAGGGGAGGCGCCCCCGGCGUUCUGCUCGGCGCUGUGGAGGCGAUGGGGAGGUGUUGGGCCGGGGCUGAGGUAGGAAGGAGACCGUCCCUCGACGCCUCCUGCGACGCCAGCCCCUGAGCCGCGAUGCGAGCGUGGGUCCUCCUCUCCGCGGUGCUCUGGUGCCUCCCAGGAGUCGAAUGCCCGCGUUCUACCUUAUUCAAUACGAAGGGCUUCAUUUAUGGGCAGCCGGGACACCCAGAGAAAAUAUAUGUUAAGUUACAUCAAAAUAGCCCAGUCCUUAUCUGUAUGGAUUUUAAGCUUGCUAAAAAAGAAAUAGUGGACCCCACCUACUUAUGGAUUGGGCCUAAUGAAAAGACAUUAACAGGAAAUAAUCGAAUAAAUAUAACUAAGACUGGACAGCUGAUGGUGAAAGAUUUUCUGGAGCCUUUGUCUGGACUUUACACAUGUACUCUUUCUUAUAAGACUGUUAAAGCAGAAACCCAGGAAGAAAAGACAGUAAAAAAGAGAUAUGACUUUAUGGUCUUUGCCUAUCGGGAACCUGAUUAUUCAUAUCAGAUGGCUGUACGUUUUACCACAAAGUCUUGUAUAGGGAGAUACAAUGACAUGCUCUUUAGAGUGCUGAAGAAAAUCUUGGAUAAUCUAGUAUCUGAUUUGUCCUGUCAUGUCAUAGAGCCAUCAUAUAAAUGUCAUUCUGUUGAAAUUCCAGAACAUGGCCUCAUACAUGAGCUCUUUAUAGCAUUUCAAGUUAAUCCUUUUGCACCAGGGUGGAAAGGUGCUUGCAAUGGAUCUGCUGACUGUGAAGAUAUCACUAAUCAUAAUAUCCUCCAGGCAAGAAAUCGAAUAGAAGAAUUUUUUCAGAGCCAAGCAUAUAUUUUCCACCAUAACUUAAAUAAAACUCUACCAGCAAUGCAUUUUGUGGACCACAGUUUUCAAGUAGUACGUCUGGAUAGCUGUCGACCAGGUUUUGGAAAAAAUGAAGGUCUACACAGUAAUUGCGCUAGCUGUUGUGUGGUUUGUAGUCCUGGGACUUUUAGUCCUGAUGUUGAUGUAACUUGUCAGACCUGCAUUUCUGUCCUUAUCUACGGAGCUAAAUCUUGUCCAUAAACUUCAAACAAAAAUCGGCAAUAUGAAGACUAGAGGUGAAAGCAUUGUCACUUACUUGUGGAAGUGGGGGACAUAAGAUGAUUUGUUCACAUCCCAGAGCAUCACAGGUAGUUCUAUCAAGUAAAAUCAGUAAGAUCAAACCACUGGAAAACAUGCAUUUCAGAAACUUUUUGAAAAAUGGUUAACUUGGCAUUUCUAAGAAGGCAUUUAAUCCAGUAUCUCCAGUGUACAAAGGAAAGUUGAAGUAUUAAUGGAUCAUUUUUAAUGAAAUGUUUUAUUGUUUUCUGUACCUAAGAGUAUAGUAAGGUCAAGAAGGGUAGCAAAAUAUAAUAAAAUAAAAAUUUUA